UUUUUUUUUUAGCAAAGGAUGACAUUCAAAUGUGUAAUGCUUCUUGAACGUUCAGUAACAUGACAUGAAAACUAUUCGGGUCUAGCAUUUAAAGAAAUGCUUCUCAGUUCACAAACUGUCAUCUCAAUGAUGUCACUGACCUGUCUUGCGAAGAGUGUCUUUUGCUUUGAGGAAACGCUUGAGAUUGUUCUUCUCGCUCUCUGAUUGGUCGUUGUUAAGUCAGGAGGUGUGCUGACAUCACUCCUGAUGGAAAGGCUCGACGCCUAUCGACCAAUCAGCUCUUGACUUUUGUCUUCGCGUGGCCUCUUUAAAGGGAUUGACAGAAACGCCCCCACCCUCCACUCAGCAGAAUUUCUCCGUUUUUAUUCGCUUUUUAAAAGCGACGCUAAUAAUUAAACUUUGAAAGUGUAGUCAUAAUGCCAUCACAAACCAAACUGAACCACUAAUUGCGUUUUGCCUGUGGGCUCUCCUGCUGUUUGGGCGUUUUUGUUUGCACGUGAAUAUAUUAGGACUGCCAUCAUGAAGUUGAGGAGGUGUUCAAGGAAGCCAGCUUUUCCAUGGUUUGGAAUGGAUAUCGGUGGUACUUUAGUAAAGCUUGUUUACUUCGAGCCAAAAGACAUCACUGAAGAAGAGGAGCUGGAAGAGGUGGAGAAUCUGAAGAGCAUACGCAGGUACCUCACCUCCAACACGGCCUAUGGUAAAACCGGCGUCCGUGAUGUACACCUGGAGCUACACAACCUGACAAUCUGCGGUCGCACAGGGAACCUUCACUUCAUCCGCUUCCCCACCGCUGCUAUGCACAGAUUCAUCCAGAUGGGCAGAGAUAAGCACUUCUCCAGUCUGCACACCACACUGUGUGCCACCGGUGGCGGGGCAUACAAGUUUGAGAACGACUUCAGAACGAUGGCAGACCUAGAGCUGCUGAAGUUGGAUGAGCUGGACUGUCUGAUCCAGGGGCUGCUGUACAUAGACUCGGUCGGUUUUAACGAUCAUCCCGAGUGUUAUUACUUUGAGAACCCCUCCGACACACAGAACUGCAUCAAGGAACCCUGCUGUCUUGACAACCUUUUUCCCAUGUUGCUGGUCAACAUUGGCUCAGGCGUCAGCAUUCUAGCAGUGUACACCAAGGACAACUACAAACGAGUGACAGGCACCAGUCUUGGUGGAGGGACGUUUUUGGGGCUUUGCUGCCUGUUGACUGGUUGUGAGACAUUUGAAGAGGCCCUUGAAAUGGCCAGCAAAGGGGACAGCACCAAUGUGGACAAACUGGUGAAGGACAUCUAUGGAGGAGACUACCAGCGCUUCGGCCUGCAAGGGUCCGCCGUGGCUUCAAGCUUUGGCCACAUGAUGAGCAAAGAGAAGAGGGACAGUAUUUCUAAAGAGGACUUGGCCCGAGCUACACUUGUCACUAUCACCAACAACAUUGGCUCCAUUGCACGCAUGUGUGCGGUUAAUGAGAAGAUUGAACGGGUUGUGUUUGUGGGUAACUUUCUGCGUAUAAACACUGUGUCGACAAAGCUUCUUGCCUAUGCUAUGGACUUCUGGUCCAAGGGCCAGCUGAGGGCCCUUUUCCUGGAACAUGAGGGAUACUUUGGAGCCGUCGGUGCUUUUCUAGACCUGCUGAAGUCGGCUGAUGACGCAUAAAGGAAAUCAUCAUCUCCUAUGAUCCAGAAGCUCCAACAGGAAAACUGGAAUACUGGGAACACUGGGAAAUUUAAUAGAAGCCAUUAUAGUAAUUAACCUGUAAAUAACCCUUAAAAUAAGAUUCUAAAUAAUAUUUUUAUGACUAACUUAGUCUCCCUCAGACUUCCAACUUUUUUCCAUUUAUACUGUUUGUAAAUCUCAUUGUGUAGUGAACAGGGAGAGUUUAUAUGGUGGCCAAAACCUGCUGUGUUAAGGUUUUGCUAUGGUGAGGGUAUUCAGCGUUAACUGCUGUUUCUAGGCCUGGUUAAAUAAUGGGCCUUUCAGAGGGUUUUUUUUUUUUUUUGGUGUUAAACUGCUGUUCAGACCCCAAAUGAUGUUUGACACACUGUUCGAGUUGAUUUUCAAGUCUCAGGUCUGUGUUAAAUGUGUGCAGACUUCUUGUAGUAAAGGCAUUGGUCUUUACACAGCAUAGAGCAACCUUUUUCUGGUUGCAUCUCUUUUCACUCUUCCUCUUCACUACAAUUAACAGUUUUCUAUGCGUUUAUAUGCCUGAAAGUAAUUUUAAACGGUUCGAUGUUGGAAUUAUAUUGGAAUAGUUGAACGUUCUAAAAAUAUAUAUUUACACUGAUUCACAUGAAGCCUUUACUUUAUAAAAUGAUACACAGGAAGCUCAGGGUGUCUCACUUUUAUUUUUGAGAGGGAAUUCUGUGGGACCAAGUGGCCAGUUUGACAGGCACUUCAGAUAGAAAGCUCUCCUCUAACGUCCCACAUUUUUGUUGUCUUUGUCCAGCUUUUGCCUCUUUUUCAUCUUGCCUUUUCCCAUUCUUUUUCCCAUCUAAAGCAAAGCUACUUCAGUCAUCUUUAUCUGUGUUUCCACUGUAGUGCCAAAGUGAGACGGGAGGAGUCAAACCAGACAGCCUGUCAGUGCAAGCAUUCCUGCUUCACCAGGCCAUGAACCACAUUACUUCUCCUAAAAGUUAACUAGCAUAAGAGUAUUUCUAAGAUGAAGUUCAAUAUCAUAUGUCAUUUAAAAAUAAAAACACCACUCUCUUACUAUUUAACUCUAUCGUUCAUUUCUCCUUGCUGUUUUUCUUGCCUUCUGUGUGAUCGUUCUCCUCCGUUAACAUUUGUGGCUGUUUUUAGGUUGUGCUUUUAUUUUAUUUCCUCUUUUUUUUUUUUUUUUUACUUUUAUAAUUUUUUUUUUUUUUUUUUUUUUAUGGGUUUUCCAAGGUAACGUCACAGAAAAAUCUGAAUUUGAUUUUGGGGGCCUCACGUUAACCGCAAUAUUAUUUUCUUCUUCCAGAAUGUUUUAUUUUUUUAUUUUAUUUUCUUUGUAAUUUUUUUUUUUUUUUUUUUUUUUUUAUAAAAUAAAAAAAAGUGCAGUUAAAAUGUCAUAUACCAUUAUAAUAUAUAAAUAAGGCUUUGGUUGGCCUUGUAUAUUUGCAUUUAAUUAUUUAACAGCAUAUUUUGGGUACAACAUUUGACAGUCAUUGUGUGAUUUGAUUUUAAUUCUGUUAUUAUUUUUGCCAUUACUGCACUUUUUUUUUUUUAUGUAUGAAAACCCCUCAUUCUAGAUUAGGCUGCUCUUUUCAACCAAACAGUGUAUAAAUCUGAAAACCGUAAGCUUUAUGGAUGAUUAAGAUUCAUGAAGAUUGUACAUUUAUGGUAUUGACAAUUUGUUCUUGCCACAUAAUCUUAGUAAGAUGCAAGUAUGAGCAUGUUUCAAGUGUUCAAGCCUGUGUAAUUGCACUGCACAUUUCUAUGCUAUACUCGGAGCUGUUAUCCAUUGCACAUUAGACUUAGUACAGCUUCAUGUUUUGCAGACAUUGGUAUGGUUUGAAAAGUUACUUUUGUUGUCAUACCAGUAAGCAGCAAAACUGGCUCCCAGUUACAGCAAUUUUAUUUAGUACAGAAACAACACACAGACCUUAAAGUCUAAAAUACAACUCCUUAGAGAUCAUAUAUAAGUAUAUGUUCUCUUCCUCUGAAAGGUGACCUUUCUCUCCUCUUGCUAUGCAGUACAGGCAGUUGCUCUGAAUGUUGUUGGCUAAAAGCAGCUUGGUUGAGAGAGCCAUGUAGCUCUUAGAAACUAGCUUCUCAUGUUCUGUUUGACUUUUGUCACUAACACUGUUAUGAAGAGUGUAAAGGGGCUUUUGAACACGUUCUGUUUCUGUAUGGACAUUUUCUUUUGAUUCUUACUGACCUUUUUAACCAAUGAUCCUUUGAGUUGCUUGUUUAAUGCUACUUUAAUGGAUACUUUGUGCUGUUAUAUGCUAUUGUACAAACGUUAAUAUUCCUGUCUUUGUUUUUCACCUCUCAGAUGUCAUUGAAGACACUCGGUGAUGAUCUUUGUGGCUUUAUUUUAGAAAAUAUGAGAGAUUUGAUGUCUGGGUGAUUCACUGGGUUUAACUGGAUGCUGUUAUGCAUAGACUCAAGAAAUGACAUUUCAAAGAAUAAUAAAGGUGAAAAACAAAUGUUUGUUAAUUGUUUACUAUUAAACUGUGUUCUUAUAACUUAAAA